UCUUCUCUUCCCCCCCUUCCUCUUCCCUUUCUCUCUUCCCUCGUUCCCCUCCCAGCUCAGCCACGGCUCUCGCACCCUUUCUCUUCUUUAACCAGAAACCCAUCCAUCCCCCAUUCCUCUCCCGUCCGGCUCUCCGCGACAUUCCUGGCGUAUCUGACCACGCUUUUCCAUCAACCAUGUCGCGCAAGGAGGAUUCCAAGGCGAAGGACGCCAUUGUGACUGUCAAUAUCGAUGAUUUCACCCGCACUCGCGACAGCGUCAUCGUGAGUCUCGCGACGCUGCAGUCCGCUGUCUCGGACCUGUCGCGCGCUUACAUCAACCAUGCCAACACGGUCCUGAACCGUGGCCCUUCCAAUCUUGACAUUGGCGGCAUCACCGGGGGAAUCACCAGCAGCCUGCUGGAGAAUGGCCUCCUAGGUGGUGGCCGUCACGCCAGCCCUGGCGCCAAGUCAGAGGUCGGCGAGAAGAAGAAGCGCAAGCGUGCUCCUCAUGACCCCAACGCUCCCAAGCGUGCUUUGACUCCGUACUUUCUCUACAUGCAGCACAACCGCGCCCAGAUUGCUUCGGAACUGGGCAGCAAUGCCCGGCCCAAGGAAGUCGCUGACGAAGGCACUCGCCGUUGGUCCGAAAUGCCCGAUGCACAGAAGGAGGUCUGGAAGAAGCUGUAUGCCGACAACCUGGCUGUCUACAAGGAGAAGAUGAAGGCCUACAAGGCCGGCCUCCCUGUCCCUGAAGAUGACAGUGCCAAGGCUGCCAACCAGCUCCAGCAGGAUGUUGCCGCUGGUGCUGAACCUUCUGUUGAAGAGUCCGAGGAGUCCGAGCAGGAAGAAGAGGAAGAAGAAGACGAAGACGAGGAGGAGGAGUCCUCCCCAGAGCCCGUGAAGGAACCCACUCCUCCCCGUAGUGGUAAGCGCCGCCGCACGGGUGAGAACAUCAAGCCCGUCGCUUCUCCCGUCAGCAAAAAGGCUUCUCCCGAGAAGAAGCCCAAGAGAGGCGCUGCCAUUGCUGCUCAGAAAAAGGAAGAGAAGGAGACGCCCAAGGAGACGCCUACUGGCCGCAAAUCCAUCGGCGGAGCCGCUGACAACAAGCGGGGCAAGAAGAAGCGCAAGAGCGAGGCUGCCGACGAGUAAGCCAUAGCUGGUCUAUGUGAUCUGUAUAUUCUUGUCUCUUUCCGGCGUGUUUGUCUACGGGUGUCUUAGAAAUAUGACCCGUCCUGUCCCCUUGGGGAGUUGUGUUUAUAUGUUGCGGGCGAUGAUCUUGAAAAGCUGAUCUCGGUGGGCUCGGACGGUCUUGGGCGUCUUUUCGCUUUUCUGCACGAAGUUGUCAGUGAAUCUGGAUUGGACCAUCUGCAGCGUUUUACGGGGGUUUUGUCUCAAGCGUUUUGUCUGGUAUACAGUUGUUUGCUAGGUUGGGUAACGCGAAUGCAAAAAAGCAUUGCUGACGAAUUGAAUCCCGUAGUUAACUAACUCUUUUAUCGACUACGUAGUUCCCUGUAGUCGCAGGACUUAACGUUCCUCGG